AUGGCAGUUGGAAAUACGUUCGGUGCGACUGUUUUUUCGUCUUACGGUGCAUUUUGGGUUUCUUUCGGCAUCCUUUUGACUCCUGGUGGCUUUCAUAUUGUAGAGAGCAUGGUCAAAGCAGAUGGAAAAACGGGAUUACUCAAUGCACAAGCGCUGUUUUUUGCUGGUUGGUUUGUUUUCACAUCUAUGAUGCUCUUUUUAACCCUUAAAUCAACCAUUGCAUUCUUCCUCUUAUUUUUCUGUCUGGAUUUCACUUUCCUGUUUUGCAUGGUGGCACACAUAUUCAACGAUGGCUCUUUACCUCAUACUGGACUCCUGCGGGCGGGCGGGGCGUUUGGUAUAGUUACUGCUUUUCUUUCUUGGUACAAUGCAUUUGCUGGUCUUGCAGACGACUCUAACUCAUUCUUCAUUGUACCUGCGGUGUAUUUCCCCUGGACCGCAAAGACACAAACAAAAGAGCCGGAGCACGACCAUAUUGCUUAG